AUGGAGCGGGCGCCAAGCUCAAGCCCCAGCGGCGUAAAUCAGCCCUCACAACCUCCCCAGCAUGAACCUAUUAGUUUCGGCAUUGACCAGAUUCUCAGUGGUACCGACCAGGACGGUUCACAGAACACCACCCGGAGUGGUUCGGAUACUGGGAACUUCACAAGUGGAGGAAGUUACCACCUCGGUAGUCCAAGUGGAGCCAGUGCAGCGCCCUUCACUUCGCUUUCCGGUUCUUUCCAUGGAAUCGCAUCAUCAUACGAGGAAUCAAGUGCAUACGGAGUGAACUUGACUUUCACCCCAGGAGGGGUGAUACGAGUCCCGGCGCACAGGCCGCUGGCCGCCGCAGUGCCUCCUCCUAUAGCCAGCGCGGUACCAGGGCUAGGCAGCAUCAGCUUCCCCUGGAUGGAGAGCAGCCAAAGAUUCGCAAAGGAAAGAUUCGCAGCUGCACUGACGCCAUUCACAGUGACCCGGCGGAUUGGUCACCCCUAUCAGAACCGCACCCCUCCGAAGAGGAAGAAGCCGCGGACAUCUUUCUCCCGGGUGCAGAUCUGUGAGCUAGAGAAACGCUUUCAUAGACAGAAGUACCUGGCCAGCGCUGAACGGGCCGCUCUCGCCAAGACCCUCAAGAUGACCGACGCACAGGUCAAGACCUGGUUCCAGAACCGCAGGACCAAGUGGAGGCGACAGACAGCUGAGGAGAGGGAGGCGGAGCGUCAGCAGGCCAAUCGGCUGAUGAUCCAGCUGCAGCAUGAUGCCUUCCAGAAGUCCUUGAGUGACUCGGUUCCGUCCGAUCCACUCUGCAUCCACAACUCCUCCCUGUUCGCCCUGCAGAACCUGCAGCCGUGGGCCUCUGAGGAAGCAGCAAAGAUGGGCCGUAUCACCGCUCUAGUGUGA